GUUCUCAUUUCGAAAGUUAUUUGUAUAAUUACUUUAAUUAUUUCUAAUAUUUAUGCUAAUGCAUGGGAUAUAUCACAAGAUUGGUCAUUAUUACAAUUAAAUAGUUCAAAUUUUUUAUUAAGAGAUGAUUUAAUUUAUAAACAUAAAUGGAUUUAUUAUAUUGGAAUGUUUAAUAAUACUAUGUUUAGAUUAACUUGGAUUUUAUACUUUAUUAAUGAUAAUACUUUAAAUCGAUUUAUUAUUGCAUUUGGAGAAAUGCUUAGACGUUGGCAAUGGGAUAUUUUUCGUAUUGAAAAUGAACAUGUAACAAAUUGUCAAACAG